AUGGAUCCCUGUGACAGCCUGACCUGCUCUCUGAGGCAAGUGGAGCAGCUGGGGUCCGGCCACAGGCACUGCUUCCAUACCGCUUUGCUAUUAUCUCACACCUAUCACCGCUGCCCCUCCUCUUCCUCCGCUGUCAGCUCUGACAACGUCAUCAUCUUCUUCAUCAUCCUUGAUGUUUUUUGUUUCUGCAUCAGGCUUUCCAAAGGAGACCCCUCCACCUUUCUGCCCAUACUCAGCUUCACCCUCACCUCCUUCUCUGCACCGUUUGCGGAGCAGCUGGUGGCAGCUGGCCUGGAAAUGACGGGAAAAACGGACCUCAGGUUCACCGACGCGCUCUAUAAGGUUCUAAGAGACAUCUUCCACUAUAAACCUGUCCUGAGCAAACAGCAGUUCCUCCAGUGGGGCUUCUCUCAGAGGAAGAUCUCCUUCGUCUGCGACGUCAUUAAUCUGGUCCUGCAGAGACACAAGCAGCUCAACAAGCCCAGACUGAGGUGUCCUGCUCCACACAGGACCAGGAAGGAAGCUCCUCUGACUGCCACUGAUGCUGAUGCUUUUCAGAAUGAAGGAGACGUCCUUCUGGUGUCCAGAGAAAGCUGGGAAGACCUGACCAGUAGGGUGGUGUUACUGGAAGCUAAACUGGAACUAAGGAAUGCACAGCCCCUCGUCCCCCUCCAGUCCUCCCUUCCAGCGAUGGAUGUCUCACAGGACGAUCUGAAGGAAAGCCUGCAGAGGAUCGCUGACAAGAUGAAGAAUACUUCCAGUCUGCUGAAGAACAAACCUGCAGUGGAUCCAGAUCGUAGCCUUUUGUCGUAAUAAAUGAUUCCAGAACAACUUUCCAUCUUAUUAAGAUGAUAUCCGUGUGUUUAUGAUCGUCUUUAUUUAGACUGAAACUGGAGGAGAUUCUCAGCGUUCCUUGGAAUGAACAGAGAAUCAGAUUCAGUCAUUUGGUUUGAAGUCUGUAUUUUUGUGUGAUUAUAUUUCUGUUCCACACAUCAUGUAGAUUUGAGUCUUUGUUGGAUUAUUCUGUCAGACUAAAUAAAUUCAUUUUCCACACCUGCCUAAUCUUCAGUGCUGGUGUCUCCUA